AUGGCCGUCCGUUUAAUUCUUCACCUGAUUUUGAUCAGAGGAUGCUGGGCGAUGAAUUCCAUUAAUCGAUGGGGUCGGAUUGAUGCUUUGAAAGAAAGCCGAGAUGUUUCUAGCUCACAAGGCUGUGCAACAGCUAUAUUAGCUUCAGGCCAUGAGUCACACACACCAGUUCCGGGUUUAGCUCACCGGCGCAAAUUCAAUCAUCGGAAUUCACAAGAAAGUCGAGAAACUUUGAAAACCUACUCAUCUCAUCCGGAACUCAAUGAGGCAAUUGUUAUUGAUGUACCCGACGAUUUCGAAUCGGGAGAAGCAGUGACGUGGAGGGAAUUCCAGGAACACUGUCCAAUCUGCUUGACAGAAUGGGCACUAGGUGAGGAAACCACACAAUGGAAUGGAUGUGGCCAUGAAUUCCACAGAACUUGCAUCGAUGAAGCCAGUAAAAAGAUGGAAGAAGAGAUGCGUUGUCCACUUUGCCGACGAUUGCCCUCAGGAGAAGAAGCCCCGGGUUUGGACGAUGAAGAAGUAGCUGUUGAUUUGGCCAAUGAAAGCAUGUUCACCCUAUUAUAUUAUGAUCUGGCGGACGGUGAUAUAGUAACUUGGAUCAACUUUUUGGCAAUCAUCAAGGUUUUUAUAAUACUUGUCUUGCAAAUCUGGUAG